UGGGAGUUUCUGGGCUGAAACCGAUCAGAAUUGCAAUGAGAAGUCUCACAUUGGGUGUUUCACAGAGCGCUGUAGCGCGUCUGAAGAUCGGUGUGCAGAGCUAACUGAGCAUUUUGGGGGCUGUGUAAACACUGACACUUGUUUAUCCUACAGACGGAUCGAACAUAUAACCUCCAGUUGCUUUUUAAAAGCUUUGACUUAACCUGAGCUGUUCCUACCGUGCUGAGUCCUUGUGUUCGAAAUGGCCAGUUCAAAGGAAACUAAGCUAUGGGGUGGAAGAUUUGUUGGAAACGUUGAUCCAAUUAUGGAAAAGUUUAAUUCCUCCAUAUCUUACGAUAAGCGAAUGUGGGCUGAAGAUAUUAAAGGCAGCAAAGCGUAUGUCAAGGCUUUAGAAAAAGCUGGACUGGUAACAAAAACAGAAAUGGAUCAAAUUCUAAACGGGAUGGACAAGAUUUAUGAAGAAUGGCUAAAUGGAACUUUCCAGAUUAGAGAGGGAGAUGAGGACAUUCAUACAGCUCAUGAACGAAGACUAAAGGAAUUGAUUGGAGAAGCUGGAGGAAAACUGCAUACUGGUCGAAGCAGGAAUGAUCAGGUUGUAACUGAUAUGAGAUUAUGGCUACGAGAUAAUAUCUCAGUUCUGAUGGAUCACUUGCUGCAGUUGAUUAAAACGAUGGUUGAAAGGGCGGCUGUGGAAAUUGAUAGCCUGUUUCCUGGAUACACUCAUAUGCAAAGAGCACAGCCAAUUCGUUGGAGUCACUGGAUUCUGAGUCAUGCCGUUGCCUUGUCUCGUGAUGCUGAGAGACUUGAUGAAAUUAGGAAAAGAAUCAAUGUCCUGCCAUUGGGAAGUGGUGCUAUUGCUGGAAACCCAUUUCAGAUUGAUAGAGAAUUCCUUUCGAAGGAAUUGCAGUUUGAUGCCAUCAGUUUGAACAGCAUGGACGCAACCAGUGGCCGGGACUUUGUUAGUGAGAUUCUGUUCUGGUGCACCCUGUGUCUGAUACACUUGAGCAAAGUAUCUGAGGAUCUCAUCAUUUACAGUACUAAGGAAUUUGGAUUCAUAAGCUUGUCUGAUGCCUAUAGCACUGGGAGUAGCCUAAUGCCCCAGAAGAAGAAUGCAGACAGUUUGGAACUGAUUCGAGGAAAGGCAGGACGUGUUUUUGGGCGAUGCUCUGGAUUUUUAAUGAGUUUUAAAGGUCUGCCAAGCACAUACAAUAAGGAUUUGCAGGAAGACAAGGAGGCAAUGUUUGAUGCUGUUGACACUGUCACUGCAGUAUUGCAAGUGGCAACAGGUGUAUUCUCCACACUAACGGUUCACGAAGAUGCCAUGAGGAAGGCUUUGAGCUCUGACAUGCUAGCUACUGAUUUGGCCUAUUACUUGGUUCGAAAGAAAAUGCCAUUUAGAGAUGCUCACAGUGCUUCUGGAAGAGCUGUACAUUUGGCAGAAAAGAAAGGUAUUGAAGUAAAAGAUCUGUCCUUGGAUGAUUUGAAGACCAUUAGCCCUCUGUUUGACACUGAUGUGUCAAAGGUAUGGAAUUACGAAAACAGCGUGGAACAGUACACAGCAGCUGGAGGCACUGCACGCAGUAGUGUGACUUCGCAGAUUGAGCAACUGAGAGCGUGGCUAAAAAGAAGACAGAGCACUUAGGUUGUCUGCUCGUGUUAAUGCCAGCAGUAGAUAACUCAAACAUGCAAGAAAUUUGUAUUGGACGUACGUCAAAUAUUUCUAACAAUUAACUACGGACAAAGUUUUCUAUUGAAGGAAAAACUUUGGCUAAAAAGCAGAUGCUUUUGAUUAAGACAAAAUUGGACUGGCAAGUUGCUGUGAUGUUGGUGUCACAUUGAAUAUUGAUGAUUGACAGUAGAUUAAGCUGAAAUCUAUACUCAAAUUGUGUAAUGGUUACAUUUAUAAAGACUAGACUAUGGUACUGUAUUCAUAAUUGAUCUCUAAGAUAAAAGCUUUAUCAAAAUAAAUCUUGUUGGAAUAGUCUGA